CACAGGUCCUGUUAGUACACUUACUGUACAACUCUGAGGAAGGAGGGAGAAGAUAUGAACAAUAUUAAGGUUCCAAAGACAGAUUGGAGCGGUGAUGAGCAGUAUAAGGACAUCAUUCCUACAGGGAAAGAUCUGAUCUAUAUUAAUGCUAAAGAUAUGAAGGAAGAAGAAAAUACAGAUGUGAGCAGUGAUGAGCAGUAUAAGGAGGACAUCCCUACAGGAAAAGAUCCAAUCUAUAUUAACUCUGCAGACAUAAAGGAAGAAGAAGAAGAGGAGACAGAUGUGAGCGGUGAUGAGCAGUAUAAGGAAGACAUUCCUACAGGAAAAUAUCCAAUCUAUAUUAACUCUGCAGACAUAAAGGAAGAAGAAGAAAAGGAGACAGAUGUGAGCGGUGAUGAGCAGUAUAAGGAGGACAUUCCUACAGGAAAAGAUCCAAUCUAUAUUAACGCUGCAGACAUAAAGAAAGAAGAAGAGGAGACAAAUGUGAGCGUUGAUGAGCAGUAUAAGGAGGACAUUCCUACAGGUAACCAUCCAGAUAACUUUACCAGGAGAUCAGAGGAGAAUCUUAUAUCUUCAUAUUAUAAAGCAGAUGAUGAUAUCACACAAGAUACAUAUGAAGAACAUUCCAUUAUCCCAGAUACACCCUCAGCCCUUCACAGCCAAGAUCUGUCAUCUCAUCCUGUUAUACAAGUCCGACCUAAAGAUUCAUCUCAGUCUGUUAAACAAAAUAAGGAAAAACGAUUUUCAUGUCCAGAAUGUGGGAAAUGUUUUCUUAGGAAAUCAAGUAUUCUUAGCCAUCAGAGAACUCACACAGGAGAGAAGCCAUUUUCAUGUUCAGAAUGUGGAAAAUGUUUUACUCACAAAUCACAUUUUGUUACACAUCAAAGAAUUCACACAGGAGAGAAGCCAUUUUCCUGUUCAGAAUGUGGAAAAUGUUUUAGUCAGUAUUCAGGUCUCCUUAAACAUCAAAGAAUUCACACAGGAGAGAAGCCAUUUUCCUGUUCAGAAUGUGGAAAAUGUUUUAGUCAGUAUUCAAGUCUUCUUAAACAUCAAAGAAUUCACACAGGAGAAAAGCCAUUUUCAUGUUCAGAAUGUGGGAAAUGUUUUAGUCAGAAUGGAAAUCUUGUUGAACAUCAAAGAAUUCACACAGGUGAGAAGCCAUUUUCAUGUUCAGAAUGUGGGAAAUGUUUUAGUCAGAACGGAAAUCUUGUUGAACAUCAAAGAAUUCACACUGGUGAGAAGCCAUUCUCAUGUUCAGAAUGUGGGAAGUGUUUUACUCUGAAAACAGACCUUGUCAAACAUCAAAGAAUUCACACAGGUGAGAAGCCAUUUUCAUGUUCAGAAUGUGGGAAGUGUUUUACUCAGAAAACAGAUCUUGUUAAACAUCAAAGAAUUCACACAGGUGAGAAGCCAUUUCCUUGUUCAGAAUGUGGGAAAUGUUUUUCUGUGAAAUCACAUCUUAUCAGACAUCUAAGAACUCACAGAGGAGAGAAGACAAUUCAGAGUAAUAAGUGCAGUUACUCAAGGGACAGCUACAGGGAUCUGCAUUGGAAGAGGUCCGCACCUGACCAGCUGCUGACAAGGCCACAGUGGAGCAGAUUUUCGAGGGACUAUACCAAGUGUUUGAGUCUCACUCCCCAUCUGAGGUACGUCAGACGUCAGAAACCAGGUGAGACCCUUCAGGCCUAUGCUGUAGCGUUGCAAAAUGCAUUAGAAACUGUACAGAAGUUAGAUGGCAUUACUCCUGAGCAGGGUAACAAGGUGCUCAUGGACAGAUUAAUAGACGGGGCACAGAAUAAAUGGGACAAGGCCCAACUUAGAAUGCUUGCGGUGCAGAAUUCUGACAUAUCUUUCCCUGCCUUUAAGAAAUUGGCCAUAAAAGUUAUUGAGUCAGGAUAUUGGGGGCCUGAAUUAUCGUGUGAACCAGAUGAUGUGGACUUUAAAGUCAUGACGGGGAACAGGAAACCAGGACCCAGCCCACCAUAUAAGUGGGAGAGGUGGCGAGCUGCGCAACACCAUCUGAAGACUCUACAAGCCAAACAGAAAUUCGUCAACCGUCAAGGGGAGAUCUGCCAAGUGAGGAUUCAGGAUAUAUGGUCUGUGACCCUCCAGCCUCAGACAGAGACAAUUAUCUGGUGCCAUGCCAGACCAGGGGUGAAGAACCAGGAUUAUCAGGCCUUGCUGGAACUGAUUCAGCUGGAAGACUAUCCCUUGGUCCAUGCAGCGAGGAGUCUAGUUACAAAAAAAGAUGGGACCAUCCGCUUCUGUGUGGAUUAUCGGAAGCUGAAUAACGUCACCCACAAAGAUGCCUACCCUCUACCUCGGAUUGAGGAAUCCCUGACUGCCCUGGGAUCAGCUGCCUACUUCUCUACUCUAGACUUGGCCAGUGGAUAUUGGCAAGUGCCGAUGGCAGAAGAUCAUGAGAAAACAGCGUUUAGUAUGUUACUAUAUUUGGACGAAGUCAUUUUCUACUCCAAGACUUAUCAAGAACAUCUGGACCAUUUGAAGGAGGUGUUUCAACUGAUUCCUAGAAGAGAUGCUGUAAUGGUCCUAAAUGCCUAUCAUGAUCAGUCGGGACACUUUGGGAUCCACAAAACCAAAGCCACCAUCAGACAGAGGUUCUACUGGAUAGGGAUGCGAGGAGACAUUGAAAAGUGGUGCGGUGAAUGUACUGUCUGCAACGUCACCAAGAAUCUCCGCAAGGAUGCGAGAGCACCCCUUCAUCCCAUCCAAACUGAAAGGCCCAACCACCUGGUCGCCUUGGAUCAUGUGAAGUUGUCCUCUACAUGGUUUAGAUACACCUACGCCCUUACCAUGGUAGACCACUACUCCAAGGGGGUAGUGGUAGUGCCUGUCAAGGACCUCACGGCGAAGACUGCUGCGCAGAUGUUCUAUUCCAACUGGGUCCAGACCCUGGGAUGUCCGGAGUCGUUUCACGACUGUAAGAAGCUCCGGACUACAGCCUACCAUCCCCAGGGGAAUGGAUUGUGUGAAUGCAUCAACCAGAUCUUCAUACACAUGCUGCGAGCAGCGUCAGUAUCCAAGCACGAAGAGUGGCCCCAGCUAUUGUCAGAACUGUUGGAGAUAAACAACAAUACCAUCCACAGCUCCACAGGGUACGCUCCCUUCUUCCUAAUGAUGGGACGACAUGGGCAACUUCCCAAGGACAGAUCAUUUGGGUUACAAGCACCCUUCAACAAUUUUUCACAAGACUGGGUCUCUGAUCAUCAAAAGAGAAUUCAGGAAGCUAAGGAGAUUGUUGGAAAGAAAAUGGGCGAGGCCCAAGAACGUCAGCAGAGAGACUACAACCGCCACGCAUCUGCUAAACCGUUACAACUGGAAGACAGAAAGACUGGAUUUGAGCUGCAGGUGGUUCAUCGGAACCAGAUCAAAUUGUGCCUCAGAGAGGAUCUACCGAAACCUCCUCCUACUUCUAUCGCUGCUAGACCCGUGAGGGAAUAUGUCCCAGGAGAAGGGAUCCAUCCGUCGAUGGACAUUCCGAUGUUCUCAUCCAACCAGCCUGCAGUGUUCUGUGCAAUGCCCUAUCCAGCUCCAGCACAGCCGUCUCUGGUUACCUUGCCUGCUGUGAUCCUGUCUCCCGUGGCACCUCCUAUAAGACAAGUUCUGACCUCACCGAUCCCCAUGGAUGCCCUCAGUCCAGGAUCAAGUUCCACUCCUGCCUCCAGACCUCAAGCUGGUCCCUCUGGGACUGAAGCAACAAGAGUUCCAGCAGAGGAAGGCACUCCGGAAACCCAAGAGGUGGCGUUGCAUCGGUCUCAAAGGUCGACACAAGGAAACAUAACAAUCAGAUCCAGACUUCAAGGGGGUGAAGAUUCGAACAAUAUUAAUGCUACAGAGACAGACAUGAGCGGUGAUGAACAGUAUAAGGAAGACUUUCCUACAGGGAAAGAUCUGAUCUAUAUUAAUGCUACAGACAUAAAGGAAGAAGAAGAGACAGAUGUGAGCAGUGAUGAGCAGUAUAACAAGGACAUUCCUACAGGGAAAGAUCUGAUCUAUAUUAAUGCUACAGACAUAAAGGAAGAAGAAGAGACAGAUGUGAGUGGUGAUGAGCAGUAUAUGGGGGACAUUCCUAAAGGGAAAGAUCUGAUCUAUAUUAAUUCUACAAACAUAAAGGAAGAAGAGACAGAUGUGAACGGUGAUGAGCAGUAUAAGGAGGACAUUUCUACAGGUAAAGAUCUGAUCUAUAUGAAUGCCACUGACAUAAAGGAAGAAGAAGAGACAGAUGUGAAUGGUGAUGAGCAGUUUAAGGAGCACAUUCCUAAAGGUAACCGCCCAAAUGACUGUACCAGAAGAUCAGAGGAGAAUCUUAUAUCUUCAGAUUAUAAAGCAGAUGAUGAUAUCACACAAGAUACAUAUGAAGAACAUUCCAUUAUCCCAGAUACACCCUCAGCCCUUCACAGCCAAGAUCUCUCAUCUCAUCCUGUUAUACAAGUCCAACCUAAAGAUUCAUCUCAGUCUGUUAAACAAAAUAAAAGCCACAGAAGGGUUGGACAUCAAAAAGCUAAUACAGAGACAAAACAAUUUUUAUGUACAGAAUGUGGGAAAUGUUUUCCUUAUAAAUCACAUCUUGUUAGACAUCAAAUUACACACACAGGGGAAAAGCCAUUCCCAUGUUCCGAAUGUGGAAAAUGUUUUACUUUAAAAUCAAACCUUAUUGCCCAUCAAAAAGUUCACAUAGGAGAAAAGCCAUUUUUGUGUUCAGAAUGUGGGAAAUGUUUUACUUAUAAAUCAGAACUCGUUUUACAUCAAAGAAUUCACACAGGGGAGAAGCCAUUUUCAUGCUCAGAAUGUGGAAAAAGUUUUACUUUAAAAUUUAUACUUAUUACACAUCAAAAGCUUCACAUAGGAGAAAAGCCAUUUUCAUGUUCAGAAUGUGGAAAAUGUUUUACUCACAAAUCAGAUCUUGUUAAACAUCAAAGAAUUCACACAGGCGAGAAGCCGUUUUCAUGUUCAGAAUGUGGUAAAUGUUUUACACAGAAAACACAACUCUUAAAACAUCAAAGAACUCACACAGGAAAAAAACCAUUUUCAUGCCCAGAAUGUGGGAAAAGUUUUACUGAAAAGGCUAAUCUUGUUGAUCAUCUACGAAUUCACACAGGGGAGAAGCCAUUUUUAUGCCAAGAAUGUGGAAAAUGUUUUACUAAGAAAUCAGGUCUUAUUACACAUCUAAAAGUUCACACAGGAGUGAAGCAAUUUUCGUGUUCAGAAUGUGGGAAAUGUUUUGCUCAUAAAUCAUAUCUUGUUCAACAUCAAAGAAUUCACACAGGAGAGAAGCCAUUUUCAUGCUCAGAAUGUGGGAAAUGUUUUACUGGGAAGACUAGUCUUGUUGAUCAUCAACAAAUUCACACAACUCUUGUUUCACAUUAAGGAAUUCAGACAUGAGGGAAGCCAUUUUCAUGUUUAGAAUGUGGGAAAUGUUUUACUCAGAAAUCCAAGUUUGUUCUACAUCAAAAAGCUCACCUAUUGGACAUCAAAAAGUUCCAACAAGAGAGAAGCCAUUUUCAUGAUCAUAAUAUGAAAUUUUUUAUACCCGGAAACCAAGUCUUGUUGUACAUAAGAGAAAUCACAGAGGAGAGAAGCAAUUUUUAUUCCUAAAUUGUGGGAAAUUGGAAAGAAAAACUUAUUAAAAAGUUCACACAGGAGAGAAGCCAAUUUAGAGCACUAAGUGAUGUUUGAAAAAUACAGGUGAAACUUGAAAAAUUUGAAUAUUGUGCAAAAGUUCAUUUCUUUCAUUAAUGCAACUUAAAAGAUGAAACUAAUAUAUGAGAGACUCAUUACAUGCAAAGCAAGAUAGUUCAAGCAGUGAUUUGUCAUAAUUGUGAUGAUUAUGGCUUACAGCUCAUGAAAACCCCAAAUCCCCAAUAUAUGAUUUGGGGAGCCAUGUCAUCUGCUGGUGUUGGUCCACUGUGCUUCAUUAAAGGGGUAUUCCGGCACUUAGACAUCUUAUCC